UGUACAUAUCUCACGCAGGCCUGUUCAUGGCCACCGUCACUGUGCUGGUGCUCGUGAUUCGCUUCUGCAUCACCACGUACUCAGUGCGUGGAUGGGAGGGUGGCGAUGUGUCUAUACUGCUCAAGCACUUCAUCACCGGUGUCACCGUGUUGGUAGUAGCCGUGCCGGAAGGGCUGCCGUUGGCUGUGACCAUCUCCCUGGCCUUCAGUGUCAAGAAAAUGUUAAAGGACAACAACUUAGUGCGCCAUCUGUCCGCAUGCGAGACGAUGGGAAAUGCCACGGCCAUCUGUUCCGACAAAACCGGGACGCUCACCACCAAUCGGAUGACGGUGAAGAAAGGGAUUGUGGCCGAGACCGCAUUCGACAGCCAAACGAAUACACUCGACAACGCUAAGCUGGACGAGAAAGUGCUUGGGUUACUGAUGGAGGGCAUCAGCUGCAACACCACCGCAGAGGUGUACCCGCCCAGGCAGCAGAAUGCC